UCACCUGCCCUGGGAAGUGCCUGUCGUGGUCCUGGGCUCCAGGCUGCAGCCGCCUCACCAGCACCUUCUGUGGCCCCUAGUUCCUGCGAGUCACCAAGCAGUACCUGCCUCACGUGGCGCGCCUCUGCCUGAUCAGCACCUUCCUAGAAGACGGCAUCCGCAUGUGGUUCCAGUGGAGUGAACAGCGUGACUACAUCGACACCACCUGGAGCUGUGGCUACCUGCUGGCCUCAUCCUUUGUGUUCCUCAACCUGCUUGGACAGCUGACUGGCUGCAUUCUGGUGUUGAGCAGGAACUUCGUACAGUAUGCCUGUUUCGGGCUUUUUGGAAUCAUAGCACUGCAGACGAUUGCCUACAGCAUUUUAUGGGACUUGAAGUUUUUGAUGAGGAACCUGGCCCUGGGAGGAGGUUUGUUGCUGCUUUUAGCGGAGUCCCGGUCUGAAGGGAAGAGCAUGUUCGCAGGCGUCCCCACCAUGCGUGAGAGCUCCCCCAAGCAGUACAUGCAGCUCGGAGGCAGAGUCUUACUGGUCUUGAUGUUCAUGACCCUCCUUCACUUUGAUGCCAGCUUCUUUUCUAUCAUCCAGAAUAUUGUGGGUACAGCUCUGAUGAUCUUAGUGGCCAUUGGUUUUAAAACCAAGCUGGCAGCUUUGACUCUUGUCGUCUGGCUGUUUGCUAUCAACGUGUAUUUCAACGCCUUCUGGACCAUUCCAGUCUAUAAGCCCAUGCAUGACUUCCUGAAAUACGACUUCUUCCAAACCAUGUCCGUGAUCGGAGGCCUGCUCCUGGUGGUGGCCCUGGGCCCAGGGGGCGUCUCCAUGGAUGAAAAGAAGAAAGAGUGGUAACAGACAGCUCCCUUCUCUCCCUGGUCAAGGCCCACAGUGUGUGGAGGACUGGUUCAGGGUGGAGUCACCAACUGCCAGCAUUUAUGUGUCCUUUUCCCUCCCCCUCCCUUGGUAAAGGCACCGAUGUUUUGAGAACUUUAUUUGCAGACAUUUGAAAAUUGAUGAAGUCUGCUCUGGAACCGCAGUAUGGAAGCUGAACAACUAGCUGAAUGGCCAGCCCGCCCUUAGCCCCCCCUCCCCGUCAGGCUGGCCAGCCUGCCCUUACUCCCCGCCAGGGCUUAAGAGCCAGCAGCUUGGUGGGUUGUGGCCUGUCCAUCUGGCUUUGAGUUCUUUGGGGGGGGGGGUUGAGGGCCUUCAAGCUGUACUGUGAGCAGACACAUUUGUCUAUCUUUUUUUUUCUUUUGUAAGUUUACACCCUUAGCUCAAACCUACUAAAUGAUUUUGGAUGGUCCAGCUGAACAUCAACCAUACGGCUAAACCCCUGGUUUAGAAUCUUACCAGGGGUUCCAACCUUGUUUUGGCCCCUGCAUUAGACUUUUUAGAAUCACUGAAGACAUUUAGAAAAUCCCCAGAUGCAGAGAAUGGUGCAGUAUUGGAGGGGCAACUGAGGCUGCUGGUGACAGCGAAGUGAUUGACUUCAGCUGAACACGCACCAUGUGCCAGUGGGUGGAAAACACCCUGGGAGCUUCAGUGGCUCAAGGCAGGGACUGAAUAUCUGGAGCCUGACAGUGGGGAGAGCUGGUGAGGGAGCUGCACACAGGAUGCUUGGCCCCUCAAUGGAACCAGUCUGGGAGGAGCAGCAGUCUGCGGCCUAGCAGCGACACUAGCCCCGCACUGGAGACCCAAGGCUCAACCCAGUCACCUCAACCUCAGAGCAAUGCCUGAAGCCUGCAGGCCAUGCUCCACCCCGGCUUAGCAGUGCUCCUCCAGUCCAGGCUAUGUGCUGGGCCACCCUGACACCACCUCCAAAGGCUGUUGCUUGCUCUCUGUCAUCCUGUAUGCUGAAUGCAGCCAAGGUUACUUUUUACAAUCUGUGAUGCCUUACCGAUUUGAUCUUGAUCCUGUAUUUAAAGUUUUCUAACAUUGCCUUACACUGUGUUUCUCUUUUUGGGGGGUGAGGGAAGGUGUCUCAUGUUCAUAUGAUGACAGUGAAAUGCCAUGGUUAAUCACAAUCUCUGGAUCUCUCCUAGACUUGUGGGGACAAACCCAUACAACCUGGGGGGAUAUGGUGGAGGCUUGUCCACUCCAGUAGUCUCUUAAGGGGCCAUCUCUGGGUUUCCCCUUAGUCCAGUCCACUGGCAUAGCACCCUAGAUCCACCUGCUCCAGUGAUGCCUUUCCAGCACUCUCCCUGUGUCCCAUUGAGCCUCACAGACUGCCCCAUCACACCCAUUUAGGUAAGAUGUAGUAAAGACUCUGGCCUCAAGGCCUUCCCUCAUCCUACAGAAAGGCCCGUGUGGGAUGCCGCCACAGCAAGACUGCCUCAACACACACCCUUUGGCCCUGUCGCAUGACAUGACGUGUGGAGUUGAGCCUGGGAGCAAGUGUUUGGUCAGCCCUGCCAUGCAGCAGCGGCCUGUCUAGGGGCCCACUACUCCAUCUGUUAGUCUUCAGUGGACUGCCAGGUGGGGAGAAAAAGAAACAGUCUACCCAUUGGUUUAGAAAAAUAACUGAAAAUGCUUUUUGCUUUAUGUGGGGAUAGGUAUAAAUCUCAUUUUUAUGCUGUAUUUUAUAUCUUAGUUGUGUUUGAAAAUGUUUUGAUUUUUGGAAACAUCAAAAUAAAUAAAGGCAUUUGUGGUA